GAUAGCGGCUGCCUACUUCUAGGAGACUUUAACCUACACCAUCUAACCUGGGGCGGCAACUGUGUCCACCAUACCAACACUAGGUCUGAAAAACUACUAGAACUAACUAAUACCUGGCUGCUAGAUCUGUGGACAGAACCAGGCACCAUCACCUGGGAUGAACAGGGCCAUUAG